CAGCAGGGUGACAGCGCAGACCCUGACUGAGGACAGGACCGAGAGCGACUGACCAGGAGGAUUCCAGCCGGGAAAAGGGAAAACUGGACAUAAAAGCCCGGGGGAACCGUAAAAAGCUCAAACGCAUUUUGUUUUGCGAACUACAACUCAUUUAUUUUGCUCAGAUAUCGCUAAAGCUGUAGGAAUUUGUGGUGAGCGCGGCGAACUAUGUUUGUUUGUUUGUUUCAAGUUUAUCCAGGCAACUUCAGUGUCUCUGCUCCCGAGAUUAUCACGAGACCAUGUUACUAUAUCAGUUGAUUUACAGCGUGGUUCCAAGACGCUAUUCACUUAAGUAAUUAGGUAAAAAUAAUAAUAAUAAUAAUAAAACCCUACAAGAGGCACAAAUCUCUCUCUUAUUUACGAGACAAGCGCACGUUCCAAGCGGUGACUUUGUUGUGGAAUACAUGGGGGGCGCGCUCACGUGCUCAACUCCUAUUACAGAUAACAGCACAAUAGCAACAUUCUGCUGAAGGUGUAGCUGUCCGGACUCACGAGUCAACAUCUCAGAGGAACACUGAAACGUAACCAUGGAGCGUCUUCUCGGGAUACAAGAGCUCUCCUGAAGACUGUGCGCGAGCGUGUAGGAGAAAGUUUAAAUAAGAUUUAUCCGCAUAAACUAAGGCACCUUUGUGGCUGAACCCCCUGAGAAGCAUCGCUGUAAAACGCUCGGACCAUGGCCGUCUCCUCACGGGACAGCUGCUUCUGGUUGCUCUGGAGACGGACCCUGCUCGCGCUGUGGCUGUGCACUGUGGGAGCGCGUGGAGCGGAAGAUGAAAGUGGCUUCAAUGCCGAGUCCUGGCUGAGGAUGUAUGGAUACCUACCCCAGGCCAACCGACAGAUGUCCACCAUGCGAUCAGCUCAGAUCCUGUCCAACGCCGUCAGUGACAUGCAGCGCUUCUACGGUCUGGAGGUCACCGGUCAGAUGGACGCUCAAACCAUCAGUGCCAUGAAGAGACCCCGCUGCGGUGUGCCUGACAAGUUCGGAGGGCAGAUCAAAACCAACGUGCGUCGGAAGCGUUAUGCGCUCACUGGACAUAAAUGGAGCAAGAGCCAUCUCACUUACAGCAUUCAGAACUACACUCCUAAAAUCGGAGAGUACAACUCUUACGAGGCCAUCCGGCGGGCCUUUAGGGUCUGGGAGGGAGUCAUCCCGCUGACCUUUGAUGAAAUCCCCUACCAGGAAAUCAAAUAUGGACGCAGAAAGGAGCCGGACAUCAUGAUUUUCUUCGCUUCGGGUUUUCACGGAGACAGCUCUCCUUUUGACGGGGAGGGUGGCUUCCUGGCUCACGCCUACUUCCCUGGACCCGGGAUGGGAGGGGACACGCACUUUGAUGCUGACGAACCUUGGACCAUUGGGAACCACAACGUGCAAGGUAAUGACCUGUUCCUGGUGGCGGUCCAUGAGCUGGGCCACGCUCUGGGCUUGGAGCACUCCAGUAACCCCCUGGCCAUCAUGGCUCCCUUCUACCAGUGGAUGGAGACGGAUAACUUCCAGCUUCCGGACGACGACCGACAAGGCAUACAGCAGAUCUAUGGUCAACCGAACGGCGUUCCCACUCAGGCACUGCCCACCGUGCCGGCUCGCCGCCCAGAUCCCAGACCACCCCAGAACCCACCCCGCCCCAGGACCACCGACAGACCCGACCACUACGGGCCCAAUAUCUGCGAGGGGAACUUCGACACCGUUGCCAUGCUGCGCGGAGAGAUGUUCGUUUUCAAGGGUCGGUGGUUCUGGAGGGUUCGCAGGAACAGGGUUCUGGAUAACUACCCCAUGCCCAUUGGUCACUUCUGGAGGGGUCUGCCCGGCGACAUCGAUGCCGCUUACGAGAGACACGACGGCCGGUUCGUCUUUUUUAAAGGAAACAGAUUUUGGCUCUUCAGGGAGGCAAACCUGGAACCGGGCUACCCUCUCGAUCUGGUUGAUUACGGUCGAGAUAUUCCCUACGACCGGAUAGACACCGCAAUCUGGUGGGAACCGUCCGGCUACACUUACUUCUUCCAAGGAGACAGGUACUGGCGCUUUGAUGAGACGUCACAGUCUGCUGACAGAGGCUACCCAAAGUCAAUCGAUGUCUGGGACUCUUCAGUGCCCUCUUCUCCCAAGGGGGCCUUCCUUAGUGAUGAUGGGGCAUACACCUUCUUCUAUAAGGGCACCAAGUACUGGAAGUUUGAUAACCAGCGUAUGAAGAGCGAACCAGGCUAUCCCAAGUCCAUCCUGAGAGACUUCAUGGGCUGCAGUGUGGACGUGGAUCCCGACAAAGACACAGACUCUGGACGCAAAUACCCAGACCUAAACCGUCCACCAUUCAACCCAGACGUGGGCCGUGAUGCUGACAAGGGCAAAGGACGGGAUGGGACAGACCGCGAAGGCACAGACUCUGACAAGGGCAAAGGCUCGGACAAGGACAAGGACAAGGACGAAGAUUACAUUGAGGGUCGGGAAGAAGACACCAAUGAGGUAGACGUGGUGCUGAAGGUGGACGACAGCGAGGAACGAACCAUGAACAUUUUGAUGGUGACCAUCCCUCUGGUCCUGGUGAUGUGCAUCCUAGGAUUGAUCUACGCCAUCAUCAACACACUGCAGAGCAAAGGGACGCCACGGCUGCUGGUGCACUGCAAGCGCUCCCUUCAGGACUGGGUGUGACCCUUGGCUUGAGGAGGCUCUGAACUUCACAUACCUCCCCUCCUCUCACUCAGACCUCUUUCUGGUGAUCCAUCUGUGCUCAGUGGUUCCUGCAGCUCUUAGUAAAUGUGGCCGUAGAUCCAUCCUGAUCCAGUACUGAUAAAAACUACAAUCGAACGUAAAUUAUGUCUUACAUUUAGAGACACUGAUACACCACCUUAACCACCUCCCUUCGCCCAUGGUGCUCUACAGUGCGUUGACUGUAGUCUAUUUAUGACAGAACUUUGCACAUUUUUUCUUUUCAUGUUGUUUUGUUUUGGUUCCUUCUGUGUGAGACUUCAUGUUGUUAUUAUUAGUUCAUAACCAGGAAAGCUGUUCUGCUCUCUGUCUUCUCUGCAAGGCCCUCCUCUUUCCCCUGAAUCUCAACGGGGCUUUCUGUUUGAGGUUAUCGUAACAUCUGCUUAUGUCAUCUCACAAAGGGUUAGCAAGCCUGUGUAGACAGAGCACUGGGUUUGAAGCUUGGUUGAUAAUCAAUUCUGUCGUCACAUUUAGAUGCUUGUCUGCAGUGUAGUGUGUCAAAGUUAUGCUGCUGGGUUUAACUGGAAAUGGUUAACACAGUUUCAGCUGAAAUCUGGGAAAUUUUUGUAUCUCACGUGAGGCUUUGCUCAAACCCUCUGAGUCAGGCAGUUACAGGACAGGUGUUUUCCAGGGUGGAUUUGGAUUUUUCUUACAUGAUUGAUCACUUUAGUCCCCCGCAACCCAAAAAAAGGUUCAGACCUGCUCAUCUGCUCAACAAGGUUGUUGAAAGAACCAGGUGGAGACUUUGGUGAAUCCAUGGAUUUCCAUUUUUUUUUGGUGUUGAAACGAUGAGUGGCCUAGUUCAUACAUAGCCACUGUCUGUGCUCUUGAAAUCACAAUGGAGGAGCUGUGGGCUGCAUUACAUUUUAAAGGUCACAACUGGCAGGAAAUGGUGAACAGCGUCAAAGAAAACAGGAGCUAAAUUAAUUUUGGGUGAUAAAUUUAGCUGUGGUUGUCAUCCUUAGUUUUGACGUGACGUUGUUGGUAUCGUCCCCUCCAAAGGCUUAGUUCAAUUUCUUUUCACCAUUUCUCUAAUAACUUUAGUAAAAAUAAUGGGAGUAGGGAGACUGUGAGUUAUACUAGAUAAAAUCUCAGAAUAUAAUGAGUCACUUGUUGACAGUCACUGCCAAACAUAUUGUACAUCCCAUUUGUGCAAGCAUAUUGAGCCGAAUAUCACCAUCUUGUAGUUUGUUGAAUAGGAACACACAGAAAUAACAAAAUCACAGCAAAAAUCACAAUUAUGUUGUGUAAUUAAUUCAUUAUAUUCAAUCAACUUUGGUUAAUUUCAGCUUUUCACUUGUCAUCUGUCUUCAGCCAAAAAAGAUAUAUUUGUGCUGUUCAUCUGCUAGAUUUAAAAAAAAGAAAAUCGUCAUACAAACAAAAACUAUCAGUCGUAGUUUCUGCUAUAUUUCCUCAUAAAACCAACACAGUUCAAGCAAAGUUUAACACCUCUAGCUUUCAACUAGGAGGAUUCUACUUUAUAUGGUCAUAGCUGUAAAAAAUAAAAAGUGUGCAAAACACAUCCACUUGUUGUAUGCUAACGUCUGUUAGCUUGUUUUAGCUUCACAUCUCAUUAGUUCCUCAAAGUGAAUCAGAAAAGCUUCACUGUGCCAGUAGUUCUCCUAACCUCCACAGUCAAUAUUAGGGUAGGAGCAAAUUUUAUUUGCGACAGAUCUCUUGCAUCAUCUAAAGCAUGAAACAAACAUGCUAAUCAGAUUAAAACUCUAAUAUUUAUAUGGUCUUUUUGGAAAGCACUGGCAUUCAUCUGCUUUUCUCUAUAGUGAUGAUUAAAUUACAGAUCUACAAUCUCAUAAUAUAGAAAUCAUGACUUAAAAUAAGAUUCAGGUUGCAGUAAACGUUGAGUAUUAUCAAGCACAGCUUAGCAUUCCUGCUUUAGCUGCUUCUCAGCUGGCUGGACCAUACAGUACUUCUUCCCAUAUAUGGGAACACAUAUAAAGACUUCUCUGUCCUACAGGAUAAACAGAGUCAAAGGAGAACCUGUUCCCUUUACAUUCAGGACAGGCUUAUCAUCAGUCUGCCUCUUCUGUGUCAACAAUUAGGAAUUUCCUUUGUGCUGUACACGAGGGGGAGUAUUCAUUAUCUGAGAGAACCUUAACCUUAAACCGUAGCAGGGCCCAGCUAAUGUUCCACACACUCCCAAACAGCCUGUCUGUCCAGCACAAAUCAAGAAUGAUGACCUGCCAUCUUGGUGUCAGAAUAGUGGGGUAUCUGGACACACCAGGGUGGGCUCAUGUGAGCACAGGCUAAUCCUCCUCAUGAAAAACAGCAGGUGUGCACAAAAUGCCGUUAACCCCCUGGACCUUUCUCUUAAACCCUUAAGUUCCCUCGUAUCAGAAAGCUCAUUGCUCCUUUUUCAUCUUGCAAGAACAAAGGAUGAAGCCUUUGUGAAGUAGUCAUUGGAUCAGCCCUGCAGGGCAAAUUAAACAUGUCAGUAAGUGUGAAAUUGCUUAUUUUGCCUCUGCUCUGUGGCAGCUGAAUUAGAUUUUUAGAUAAAGUGAAGCUCUAUUCACACUUUGAAAGGAAGACUGCUAACCAAAAAAACCUUCCAUAUGUUACGGUUUGUUUUGUCUCUUGACAUAAAAACUGACUUAUUAAAAAAAUGACUAAUUCAGGUUGUGAAAUGAGCUUACAGUUUGGUGUUAGUAUCUCCACUGUCACAUUGUGGUUUAGUGGUAAAUCUGAGUUGUGGUUCUCUGAAAGAAAUUGUUCCUUAUCACUCUGAUUUAGCAUCUAAAGGUGAGUCAAGCUGUUGGGUCAAGCUUGACGGCAAAGGAAGAAAGGCUUAUCUAUAAGGAGGGAGCAUGGGGAGUGCUGGGUGGAGCUUGGUCAGGUUGCUCAGAUGUAAUUGGGGGGUGUCUGACUGUCCUACAGCUGAAACAAAGGAGGGGGGAGGGGACGGAGGAAAGGACGUUGACUUUGCCUCCCUGAGGCUACAAAGUGAGGAUCUCAGCAAUAACGAGGGCUGAACGGAAGAGGAGAAGAAGAAGAAGGAGAGGCCAUGGGAGGCAGAUUUGUCUGAAAUUCUACCAGCAUCCUGAAAACUCACAGUCACUAAGAGAUUUAUUCUAGAAGUCUCUCACACGCUGCUUAAGUAAACCCACUUCCUGUAUACUGUUUGCACUUUUUCACAUUUUGUCACACUCCAAUUACAAACUUCAGCAUCUUUUUGGUAUUUGAUGUGACAGACCAUCACAAAGUAAAUCUGGAACCUCGUCAUGCUACUGAUGUCGAUGUACGGAGGAACAACAUUUUGCUGCAGUUACAGCUUCAGAUCUUCUGACCACCAAGUGGGAAUCUCUAAGGACUAAAAUGUUUGCGUAUCAACAACAACAAAAAAAAAAAUUAACCUAAGUUUUAAAUCAUAUAACAAUAAAUUAUUGUAAAACAUGUAGACAUUUGUGGUUGCAGCACAACAAAAUGUGCAAAGGUUGAAGAGGAAGGAAUAGGUUUGGGUCUGUCCGUUGACCCUGAGCCCCACUGCAGUGUUAAGGUGAAGACUUAUGUUGGUUGGACACUUCAACAGUUAACAGGACACUCAGCCUGACAAGAACCUGCAGAUUGAUCUAAGGCAAGUCAAUCCUGGUUGCUUAGAAAUGGUGUCCUGUGUCCAUCUCUCCUCCCUCUCAUCAUUAGUAAGUUGUCAGAGGGAGUGGUUGGCGGACGCAGCUAAUCAGCGCUAAAAGCACCGUCCUCUCCUGUCCUCCCCUCCCAUUGGUCCAGCUGGGACAUCUGUGAGUACUCAGACAUCCCAGUGUCUGGACAGGCUCAGAAAGUGCACACUCACCGCAUUAGACACUAAGUAGCAGAUAGAGUUCAUCAAUCUGCCUUUCCUGUGACCUCCAAACAACCACUUUAAAGAGCAGAGAGCCAGCAGAAAGCCGAUGCGCCUCAGAGAUCGCCGCGCUCUGCCAGUUUCAGCAGCUUCUCUUUGUUCCGUCCCGCUCAUUGUCUCUGGACACCAAGCGCCAGAGAAAUAUCGAAGGAACUCUUGUCAGAGGUGAUUGAUGCGCGUGUUGAAGUGUUCAGUUAAUCAGCUCUACUCUCCAUCAGCAAGCUCUAUUUUCUGAUAGUAAAUCUCCCACCCCCUCUGCCUGCCCGGCCCUGGAAGCCCAGGGGAAUCACCACAACAACAAUGGCCUGCUCUCUUCCUCUCUCUCUCUCUCUCUCUCUCCCCUUCCUCCAUUUUUCUCUCCUUCUCUUUGGAUGCAUACUCGCACAAAAACAUUAUUGUCUCCCUCAAUCCAACCUCAGCCCACCUUCCCUUUAGGAAACCGGUCCGGCCUUUUUUUAGAUCAGCUGUGACGAAAUUUGUUUAAACAAACACUCUACCUGUCAGCUCUGUUGCUUUCCUUAAGGCCCCGACCAGUAAGCAGUCGGUUCACUAUGAGGGUCUCAGAUGGAAGGCUCGGACAUGCUGAGCUGUCAUGAGUCUCAGGAUGUCUCUGUGUAAACACGGCAUGCUGAGCGUUCCUGGCUCAGCCCCGACCGCCCAGCUUUCCUCUGAUUCCAUUCCACCGUUAUUUAGAAGGCAGCAAUUAGAGGCGGACCAAUCGGAGAUCGGUACCUGAUAUCCAGCUUCCGCUACGCUGUGGUCUGCUGUUUUUGGCAAACCUCAAUUUUAAUAAUCUAUUCGCAUUUCUCAUUUAUUUUAUUGGGGUUUUUUUUUGUUUUUUUUGGGGGGGGGGGCUGUCCCAAAAACGGUGCAUGUAUAUGUAGCCACUUCCAAGUAUAAGGGGUUUGUUGAGCCAACGCCUCACCAUGACGUCUGCUCUGAUGGCACAAAAAUGGUCUGGAUACUUAAGAGUUUCAUGACUAGUUGUUAAAACACACCUUUACUGUUCUUAGCAUUGCAUUUGUAGCAGCUUCUGUUUGUUCCCUAGCAAAUCUAGACCCUGACAUGUCCAAAAGCUUGCCAACAUUUCCUUUGGUUCAUGUGGCUCUCAUUCACUAGAAGCUCAGCAGGAGGAAGGAUGAUAAGAUAAGAGGACAACAUGCAGCACAUGGGUCAAGAGUCCAGUCCAGAACAGCUCUAUCACUGAGCCACAUGAUGCCUCAACGUUAAUAUUUCUGAAUUCAGAUUGUUCCACAACUCAGAGUGGUUCAAACAUCAAUCAGCUCAAACGUCUCCACAAGUCAAAACGUUUCCUUUUAAUCGUCUUCAUUUGCCUUUUAUUCUUCCUCCAAUUUUAUUUCUAAACAUUUCACUGACAAUGAAGGUAAACAACUGACUCUUCUUCUGUCAGUUGCAACUUCCACGCCAAAGAGUGUUGUUUGUUGGCAUGACCAGGUAGCGCUGGUGUCCAGUGCAUUGACCGGUUAUCAGCCGGUUUCUCUGUGCAGCUCUGUCUUUGUCAUCACACCUCCGCUGAAGACGGAUGGACAGCAAAGGAUCCGAAGAACAUACUGCCUCACUUUUCACUUAGGUCAGCUUUUGUAGUCUAGAUUGGUUGAGCCCCAGAGGACUGCGGUUUGUCCAGAUCCUCCUGUUUUCCCAGAAUGCCCCUCAGCUUGCUCACUGAGCCCAUUCACUUGGAAACCACUCAUUUUAAAUGGCCACUCCACUAACUCUCCAUGGGAAUGGAACAGAAACGAAGGCUUCCAAAUGACUUUCAGAGCCUUGAGAGUGCAACAGAUGAGUGAUCAUCGUGCCUCUUAAGGACACUCAAGACUGUUGGGCAGGUGACCUAAUAAAACUGCCUCUAUCCUCUAGUUGCAGCUACAGUAGAGACUGGCUUCACGCCGUUUGACUCUUUGUUUCUGUUUUCUGUAAAAUAAAGAAUUUCAGUUUCAUCUCUGCUGGGAUGAAACGAUGAGGAAAAUGUGUUUUAAUUUCAUUGUUUAUAGCAUUCCAAUGAAUAUUUUGGAUGUGUUUUUAUUUUCUUAGAUUUUUUUUUUUUUUUUACAUUUGUGUUGUGUUCAAUUCUAGUUUAGUGUGUUAACAAGCCAUGCUGGACAUGUACACAUUAAAAAGAGCUCUGAGAAAAGGAA